AUGUGGACUCCUCCUCCUCCUCCUCCUCCUCACCUGCGCCCGGCCCCUGGGGUCGCCACAGACACUGAAGAUUCCACAGAGGACCCCGGUGCCGUGUGGGGCCCCGUGUGGCUGACCGACGUCCAAGCGGCGGUGGACUUUGUCGCGGCGGCCGAGGUGACGCUCAUUGGCUUCUUCCAGGAUCUGGAAAUGCCAGCGGUGGCCACGUUCCGCGGCCUGGCCCCGGACUUCCAGGAUGUGCCCUUCGGCAUGGCCAACGACUCCGAGGUGCUGCGCCAUUACAACAUCACCGGCAAUGCCAUCUCGCUCUUCCGUCUGGUAGACAACCAGCAGCUGAACUUAGAGGACCAGGCCCUGGCGGGCCUGGAGCCGGCCACGCUGAGCCGAUUCAUCCGCACCAACAACUUGCGUCUGGUGACCGAGUACAAUGCCAUGACGGUGCUGGGCCUGUUUAACACCAUGAUCGAGAUCCACCUCCUCCUGCUGAUGGACAAGGCGUCCCCGGGGUUCCAGGAGAAUCUGGCCACAUACCAGACGGCGGCCAAGCUCUACCAGGGAGAGAUCCUCUUUGUUCUGGUAGACAGUGGCCAAAAGGACAACGGCAAAGUGGUGUCGUACUUCCGGCUGAGGGAGUCUCAGCUGCCGGCCUUGGCUAUUUACCGGACACUGGAUGACCAGUGGGACACACUGCCCAUCUCCCGAGUGGACGUGGAGCAGGUGAAGGAGUUCUGUGGCGGGUUCCUGGCGGGGAAGCUGUUGAGAGAAGAUGGUAAAUCAGAAGACACCAGCCCUAAAGAAGAACUCUGAUUUCUCCGUCCUCCUCCUCCUCCUCCUCCUCCUCCUCCUCCUUCUGCUGACAACAGCACAUCUGCUACGUAAAAGGAGCAAGUCACACUCCUGC